UCCGUGUGCACGAGACGAGAGUUUAAACUCAAUACUCGUCUCGUGAUUCGCUACCCGGUGCGGUGCUCGGUCGGUGUUAUUUUCGUCGCAUUGAACAGACGUUCUGGGAGGUUUUAUCUAGUCGCGGAUAGGAAAAAGCAUCACUACAGCUAUUUGCAUUUCCUUGUGAUUCUUUGACUAUUUGUUAUCAAUUUCUCUCGCUGGCAAGUGGAAAAAUGUGCGCACAUUCAAUUUUGCUGGAUUUCCUGAUGGAUCCGACGCGAUUCGCGGACGAUAAUCAACGCAACGUGAUUUUUAAAACAAUUUUCGGCGAAUUGGAGAAUGUCUUCCCUCAGCUGAAGACUGUCUACGAGAUGGCCACUGAAGAUGGCUAUUUGUACGUUUUGGCCCACAACAACGUCCUGAUCAUUACGUUGCGGUUCUUCAACCAAGGAGUGAUAACCAUCAAUGUCGAGUUCUAUCAGGACGAAGGACAAGAGCCGAAACUCAAUUAUACUAAAUACAUUUCAAUCGAGAACAUUCUAAAAAAGAAACUUCCAGCCAAACGAUCUAAACUCCUACCAUCGAUAAAACGUGGUGGAAUACUCGACAUAUAUUUAACUAGCACAGAUGAACGCUUACUGGAAUACGACAUUGACAAGUUAGUGUUCGAGCAGCAAUCAGAGUUCCAAAAGAUCCAAAUUGUCCAUUCAAAAACAUUAGGCAACAUGCUCGUCCUUGACGAAUUGCAAAAUAUUGCCGAAUCGGAUCUGAUCUACACAGAGACGUUGAUGCAACGAGGCAUCGAGAACUACAAAGAUAAAGAGAUAUGCAUAUUGGGCGGCGGCGAUGGAGCUCUCCUCUAUGAACUUCUUAAAGAAGAACCAAAGUUUGUGACCAUGCUUGAGAUUGACGAAAUUGUUAUGCAAGCAUGCAAUAAGCAUUUAAGGAGCAUUUGCGGUGAUGUUCUAGAGAAACGCAAAGGUGCCAACUAUGAAAUAGUUGUUGCUGACUGUAUGGCUUACAUGAAAAAAUAUGUUAAAGAAGGAAAGAAAUUUGACUACGUUUUCGGUGACUUGACAGACGUGCCGAUCUCUGAUACGCCGACUGGUGAAAUUUGGGAUUUUAUACGCACAAUCCUAGAACAUUCGCUUAAGCUACUGAAGCCGGAUGGGAAGUAUCUCACACACGCUAAUGGAGCCACUUGUCCAGAAGCACUUCAGAUGUUUGAAGAGCAACUGAAACUAUUAACUCCACCAGUGAAAUUUACUAAAGCCACUGCAUUUGUACCAUCGUUCAUGGAACACUGGGUUUUCUAUCAAGUCAGCUUGGCAUGACCGUCUUCAUUCGAUAGUAUUAAUCAAUAUAAGCCAAAACUAUUCACAGAUAUUUAUUUUUUGUGUUCGAAUAUGUUUUACCAUAAGAUGGUAUCGUAGUAUUUAAAAUGUUGCUUUGACGUUGAAAUAAAACCGAAUACUUUGAAUCCCAGUAUUUAUCAAAUAAAGUCAAUUGGCAAUAAUAUCAAA